CUCCGUCAGUCCGCCUCUCCAGCCCGGUGUAAGUGCACGACCACGGGACCAGUCCAGAUCAGCCCGUUCGGAUCCCCUCUGCCCUGGACACUCACGGCCCUGCGCUCCAGUCCGGAUCGUGACUUCGGUCCAGGCUUUUUGUUGCUGCGUUUCCGAGGAGCGCCAUCAUCCUUUCCCUGGCGCUCACGAGAACACGCUCCCGUCCGGAAUGACACACUUACCGUAACCGGGGGUUUUGCGAUGGAAAACUGACGCACUUUGGCACGUUUCCCCGUUUCACAGCUCGGCCCUUGGCGCUUUUAUCCAGAGAGCGCAGCAUCUCUCCCCAGCCCCGUUACACAGGCCUCACUUCGCUCGCCUCCUUCAGGACUCCUCUACGCGGUGACGGCUGCGCAGCGAGAAAAACACAAAGGGGACGGGAUCUAACGCACGCCCGAGCACCAGAAGCAGCUCCAAAAUGAUGGCAGGCGGAGCAGUGCAGCAGAACGGAAUUUUCUCCACCGCGCACCACCACAGUCAGCAGCCGCACAUGGAGUCCGAUCCACCGGACUCACGGAAAAGACCCCUGGAGACCCCCACGGAGGCCAGCAGCACCAAGCGCACCAACACUGGAGUGGCCUUCCUGCAGCCUCUGUUUGAAAGCGAAGGCCUUGUAUUCCCUCCAGCAGACUCUGACACUCAUGAGGAAGGCGAGUAUUUCCUGAAAGUCCUGAUCCCAAGUUACGCGGCAGGCUCCAUCAUCGGGAAGGGGGGCCAGACCAUCGUCCAGCUGCAGAAGGAGACCGGAGCCACUAUCAAACUGUCCAAAUCCAAAGACUUCUAUCCUGGGACCACAGAGCGUGUGUGUCUCAUCCAGGGUACAGUGGAGGCCCUGAACAGUGUGCAUGACUUCAUCGCAGAGAAGGUACGAGAGAUGCCCCAGAGCAGCCAGAAGACUGAACCCGUGAGCAUCCUCCAGCCCCAGACCACCGUCAACCCAGACCGCGUCAAGCAGGCCAAGCUCAUCGUUCCAAACAGCACGGCAGGCUUGAUUAUUGGGAAGGGUGGAGCUACAGUCAAAGCAGUUAUGGAGCAGUCCGGGGCCUGGGUGCAGCUGUCCCAGAAGCCAGAAGGUAUCAACCUGCAGGAGCGUGUUGUGACCAUCAGCGGGGAGCCCGAGCAGAACCGGAAAGCUGUGGAGAUUAUUGUGCAGAAAAUCCAAGAGGACCCUCAGAGCUCAUCUUGUCUCAAUAUUUCCUACUCUAACAUCACAGGGCCAGUGGCCAACUCCAAUCCCACGGGCUCUCCCUACGCUAACUCCACUGAGGUAAUGCCUGCUGCAGCCGCCGCUGCUGCUGCCACUGCCUCCUCUCUGCUGGGGCAGGCCGGGCUUGCAGGCGUGGGGGCCUUCCCCACCACCAUGUCCAGUCUGUCAGGAAACGACCUGCUGGCUAUAACGUCCGCAUUGAACACUUUAGCCAGCUAUGGCUACAACACCAACUCUCUGGGCCUAGGGCUCAACCCAGCCGCUGCCUCAGGCGUCCUCGCCGCUGUGGCCGCUAAUGCUAACCCUGCAGCCGCAGCUGCAGCCAACCUGCUUGCAUCCUAUGCUAGCGAUGCUUCUACUAGCGCAGCCCACCCUGCAGCCAGCCUGGGGGGCUUCUCUUUGGGCUCCCUCGCAGCUGCUACAGGAGCCACAAAUGGAUACUUGAGUGCUGCCUCACCUCUGGUGGCAUCGUCUCUGCUGGCCACUGAGAAGCUAGCUGAAGGUGCUAAGGAGGUGGUGGAGAUCGCUGUCCCAGAAAACUUGGUAGGAGCUAUUCUGGGUAAGGGGGGGAAGACCUUAGUGGAGUACCAGGAGCUGACUGGAGCCAGGAUCCAGAUCUCCAAAAAGGGCGAGUUCAUCCCCGGGACCCGCAACAGGAAGGUGACCAUCACAGGGUCCCAGGCCGCCACGCAGGCUGCACAGUACCUGAUCAGCCAAAGGAUCACGUACGAGCAGGGCGUCCGUGCUACCAACCCGCAGAAAGUGGGCUAAAGCUAAUCCCAAAAGGAGCGGGGGCUUGGAGGAGGAGUUUAUUAAGAAUGUUGGAAGGAAUGCUCUAUGCCCUUUUCUUCAGCAAAUUUUCAGUAUUCUUUAAAAAAAAAAAAGCAUAUUUGCUGAACCCGAGGAGGCAGAGGAGGGAGAUAUCUAUAUAAAAAAACAAGAAAAAAGUGUAAAAUGUACAUAAUGUUUUAUUACUCAUGUGUUGGGGUUUCAUUGUGGGGAUGUUUUGUUCUGCUGGUUCUGUCUGGUGUCUUGUGUACUGUGUAACAAGGCUGACAGACCACAGCCUGCUGUUGGGGCUUUCAUUUGCUCUGUUGACCCCCCAUCCCUCCUGCGCCCCAUGGCCCAGCUAGUGGAGCCUUUUCAGGGUACAUCAGGCAGGAUUGACCUGGGAGUGACUGAAGACACUGCUGAGGCUCUGCUGUAUCUUCACUCACUCUUGUAGUGCUAAGACUCUACUAUAGGUUUAGAAUGACAGGUCACAUGCUGUUGACCUCCUGUAGUGUUGACCAAUGAGAGAGAGCGAUACUACCUGGCACGUACAGAAGCACUGCUGCCAAUGUUCUUGAAUUCUUUUUUAUUUGUAUUUCAACAGAAAGUAUCAUUUUAUUUAUUGAGGAAUUGACCCAUGGAAGCUCAGCUGUUCUUUGUAAAUCUGUGACUUCAGGUUGACAUGAAUGUAAUUGAGACUAUUGUUUAUGUGGAAUCUUUUUUUUUUUUAUUUAAUGAAGAUAAUAGUGUAAUAUAUGUCUUAUUUAAGUCCAGUCCUAAAGCCGGCUCGGCUGAGAAUAACCCAGUGACAACAGGGAACACUCCACUGACCUGACAACAGGAGGCCAUAUCUGUGCUAGAGCAGACCCAGACCAGACCCACCAGACCCAGUCCAGACCCACACCCAGAGCUGAACAGAGUCCUGCUGAUCUGGCAUGGUCUUUUCACAGCGGCGCCUCCUACUGGUUCUGAGGCUUCGGUUGUCUCAGGAUAUUUUAUCAAAUGAAAUGACAUUGUCUAAAUACAAUUGUUCAAGGGUUUAAUUGCCCAGUAAAAGAUACUUGCCUCAGGCGUAACAAACCCAUUGUACAUACAGCUACUGAAGAAAGUGAUGACUGAGCAGAACCAGCAGAAGGCUGAGCUGAAACAGGCGUCUGCUCAGACCCAGUCAAGCACUUACGUCAUUACUACUGAAGAGUCAGGAGCCACUGUACCUCUGCCCGCCCUGUGGUCCUCAGGGAACCAGGGGCCAUCAGGGGCCACAUCCAACAGUGUAGGGGCCCCUAUGUCUGUCUUUUGUUUCUUUUACAAUCGGAACACACUUGUUGUCUUAAUGCACUGUGAAGCCUGUGAGGCAGGAGUCCGCAGCGUGGUGACUGUUGGCUUGUAUGGCAGGGAUUUGUGUAAUAUGUGUGUGUGUUUCAGUGACUAGGCCCAGAAAGAGGUCACCUGUCCGCCUGCUCUUGUAACGAUUGUAUGGGAUGUGGGUUGGUUUACAGUGCAGGGCAGAUACUAAACCUACAUUUCAAACACAUAUCAGAUUUUUUUUUCUUUUUUACAAAUAAUCCAAUUGUCAGUGAACAUAUCCAAAAGGAAAUUCCUGACAGAAAUGCUACAGAUUAACUUUGACCUACAGGCAGGAGUAUGAAGUGCAUAUCACAUGUCCUAUUCUUAUUGGCCAAAUGUGCACAUGGAAACGCCUGAGUGCUGUUGCACCACACAGGUGUUUGUCCACAGCUUGGGAAGGAGGCUUCUUUACACCAUCUAACAUCCACCUUCUCCUCAGUCACCUCCUCUGAGCACUCCCAUCCUAACACCUCCUCCAUUACUCCAUGGGUGACUCUGUCAGGGCAGCAGCUGAAGGGCAGUGUCUCCACUGCUGGGCACACAUGCAUCAUAUCUGUCAGGAGCCAGACCAUUGAGGCAGAGCCGAUGUGAGGAGCUGCUGAGGAGCUGUAGGACGUUAGCUGGUCCUCAGGUCCCACUGUAAGCCCCUGUGCUCCAGAGGAGGCCCAGAACAAUGGUGGAGCUUAGAUCUGAAAGCAGGUCAGUUCAAAACAUGGGAGCAUUAAGUGACAGUAAUUAUCAGUGAAGAAUGUAUAGUUGAAUGUGUAGGCAGAGCCAGUGCUGUGGAGCUCGGUGCAUAGGACCAGUGUCAUGUGACGAGUACAAAGCAAUACCUGUGCUGUCCGUGUCUGCGCCAGCCGUGUGAGGUGCGGUUUACAAGUCCACUCUCAUCUGUAAAAAUGCUGCUAUUUGAUAAAAUCUGUUGUACUAACAUUUCUGAGUAAAACAUAUCGACUUGUCAUUUAGCUGCAGAGGCUGGUUUAAACUGCUAGUUUUAUAAGUCAAUUUGUGCCAAAAGAAUAUAUUGGUUUCAUGCGCGUUAGAUAAGAAAAGACUUACUUUUAUAAAAAUGAAAAUGUGAAAAGUGCCAAAUGAGCAUGUCUAGUACUAGAGCGUUGUACCCUGAGCACUCACACAAUUCCCGAAGCAUAGCGGACAAAUGGCAUUAGCAAAGUCCAGGGUUAGCCACUCCCCUGGAACCUGCAUUGUCAACAUGUAACUGCGCCACUCUCUGGGGCUAGGAGAAUUAGCAUAGACAUAGGUUAGCAUACUAAUGCUACAUAAAAUGUGACUAGAUAGAAUUAUUACAGCCUUUUAUAGUAACAAUAAAAUGUAUUUUGUGACAUAGAUGUUAUCUUUUUUGCACGUUAAUAUUGCAUGAAAUUCAAGUGAAGCGUGAAAAGAAACAAGCUAACAAAAGUGUGUGUCCUUCAUUUAGCAUGUGUAGAGGCUCCAGCAUUUGGAUAGUUUUACAUGCCUAGAAAUGCUUUUCAUUUCAUGUUUAUUGUGUCCAUAAAAGAUAUGAACAAAACUGUGGAACAAACAAAGGAUAUUUUGCUAGGUAUUAGUGAGUUUUUGUAAAGGCCCUGUUGCUAACACCAGUCCCCGCAUUGAGUCUGUGAUGGGACAGGCACGCACAGACCACUAGAGGCAGCGGCGUGCAUACAGGCGGCUGGGGGAUGCCACUUGUUUUGCCUUUGUUUGGUGUUGUAGUGUGACAUGAUUACAGCUGGUGGACAGGAGGCUCACUACAGCCCUAACCCUAACCCUAGGCAAAUGCAUCUACUCCAGAACGCUAGUAUUCCAGUCAAGCUGCACUCUAUCAGAACAAAUAACUGUUUACAUGUUACAUAACAGCGAGUAUACCUCCACUUACAUUCAGGACAAGGUUUCCUCCAUCCAUGAACAUGUGUGGGGAGUGGGGUUGUUCAGAGCUGUAGGGGGAGGGACUAGUUCUGUUGAGAUGCACAGGUUCUGAGCCCUAUAGUUGAAAGCAGCCCCAGCAGACGCUGCCCCCAGUCGCCUCUGUCGCCCCCACUCAUCCCCCCUGCAGUACUUCCUGUGGGCGUGGCCUGUCCAUACCCAGUGUUGUGGGCCUUCAUCGUAGCACCAGCAGCUGUAGACUGCAUCGUCAUACCACUGUUCUGCUUCUUUUUCCUGUUCACUGUAUUCUCCUGGUUUAAUUUUUACUGUAUGCUUUGUCUGAACAUAGAGCAGUUUAACAAAAUGCCAUUUGUGUGUGUAGCCUGUUUACCUCCUAGUCCCCGCACACCCACUCUCUCUGUCCAUGCCCUCUCCUUUUGCACUUUCACUGCCCUGUCCCACCCCUCAUGAGUGUCCUCUCUCCAAACCUGUGCCAAACCCCACGAGAGGCUCCGCUCUCAGCAACUACAAGGACCGCCCUAGCCUUGUUCUGUCUAUGGGACACCCAUCCCUCCUGGAAGCACCCAUGAAGCCAGCAUGCUCAUAACAUGAUGUUGCUCAUGUACUUUAAACAGCACCUUGCUCCCACCACCACCUCCUCCUCCUCCUCUUCCUCCUCACCCAGCAGGAUUAACCCAGGCAGGCUGGCUCUGGACUGCCCCUCAGCUCCGCUCAUGCCAGCCGCUUCUCUAACCCUCAUCUGGUGUGGGCUCAUUAUUGUGCCAUAGUGUGCCGGGGUCCUCACUGCUCACCCCCACACCGCCUCUCUACUGUCUCCUUCUGCUUUAGCUCCAUUUGACUUUCUGUGGUGGGAAAGAUUUUUAAAAAGUCCAUUUCAAACUCUAUGUAUUUGUUUUUCUUUUUUGUUUAACAUCAACACACAGCGAGGCUAUGUGAAGCGGAGCUGCCAUCCGUCUUCUUGAACUUUGAACUUUCACCCUUUCAUAAACUUUAUUGACCUUCCUCCUCCGUCCCCUGUGUGUCCAUCCAACUGCUUGGAACAGUAACUCUCCAUUCCAUCCCCAAACCUCUGAGACUGUGCAAUGCUAGCCAUGAUUGGAUACUUUAUGUUUGUUGCUUAACAUUGGGAAUAACUAUAGCAAAAGAGUCAUGAAAGAACAAAAAACUAAGAAGAGAAAAAAAUAUACAGUUGAAAAAAACAAAACAAAAGGUCAACUGUGUCGGCAGUUUCAUCUCGCUCUGGUUGUAAAUACUCUGUCGGUUUUGCUGUACAGACAGAUGUGCGGAGCGGUGGUGCUGGCAGCAUACGCCUGACGCAGUGGACGCUUGUGUCCUAUUUGCCUGUAGUCUCCAAACCUCAUCCAUGUGCUAGAGCUGUAGAUGUCCAUGAGUCUGGAGUGAGUGGAUGUCCGCCAUAGUGGAUCCUAGCCGCCAUUUUAGACACAUAUCAUUGUGAGUGACCGCAAAGUCCAGCCCUCGUUUACAUCUGCAGUCCUGCAUCCAAAACCUGCAUCGAUCAGCAUACCUCCAUGUCGCCCCUCCACAGAUCUGACCAGUAUUGGAUUAGCCAGUGCCAUUCCAUCGCUGUGAGCUCCACUCUUAUGCUUAUGCUGCCUGCCCCAUUGCCCCGGCAACACCACGUCCGCUAUUUAUUCUUAUGCUAUCAAUAAAUACCGCAAAAGAAAAAGGGAUCGACUGGAAAAGUGAAUGGAUAUUAUCAUUGUUUUGUUUCAUUUGUAGUAUUAUAGUGGUUGCUUUUAACAGCAUCAUAAAGUAUUGACUAUUUAAUGUAACUGUAGCAUUGUGUUUGUAAAGAGAAAAAUACCUAGUGAGUUGUGUUUCUUGACUUGUGGAUUACCAGUGAAGUGGGCAAUCUAGUGCUAAUAUAUCUAUAUCUGAGUUUUUUAAGGAUUCGUUUGCAAAAGCAACAGCAGUCAUUAUAAAUGUUCAUUUUAGCAUCACCUGUCUUCUGUUGUCUUAUUCUUCACAUUUCACCACACUCCACAUCUUCACAGUAACACGUGUGGGGAGGUUCCACGCUGCAUGUCCUGCGACCGAAUGACUGUCUAUGCAAACCUAUUCAUUCUGUGUGUGUGUGCGCGCGUGUGCAUGUGAGUGAAGGGGGGGUUACUUACUCCACCCAGUCCUUACAGAGACCAAAAGCAUUUACCAUAAAAAUGCAGACGAGUCCAGAUAAGUAUGGUGUAUGGUAAGCUUGAGCCAAAUAGUCAUUAUGUGUAUGGAUGUGCGGGUGUGUGUAUGUGAGCGCGUGUGGGGGCUGGGUGGGCGUUCUGUCUAGUCUUCACCACAAGCUAAAACCUGUCGGGCUUCCAUACAUUUGGAUGGAACCUCCUGACGUUAUAGCUGCAAACCCUCAUCUUGUGAUCUGACUACUCGACUGUCCAUAACCCUUCCAGUCACCUGACCAACCAAACCAACCAAUCACUGCCUCCCCCUGUGCCCAUGUGACCUUGUCCAUCUUUAACAUACUAGUGCCUCAUGCUCUCAGCUGGUUCUUUUGGUGUGCCCCGGACACACACACCACUGACACUAGGCAUGGGACAAUAUUGAAAUUAUGCGUCACAAUUACAUGGCUAAAAAAUUUCAAUUAAUGUUAAUAUCACAGAGACGGUAUAUAUAAAUGGACAUGGCUAGCACACUAGCUGCCACGUUCCAAAUAGGAAGUGAACAUGAGCGUUAUUCAGCUCCAUCGACUCUGGCUCCAGUUCACUUUCGAUUGAAAAAUGGGGGGGCCCUUGCCAAAUUGCUCCUGAUUGGCUCUUUGGUUGCGUUGAUACUCGGUCAGAUUUUCAAAAUAGAACUUGGCUCCAAAUUCCCCUCUUGAACCGCUAGUCUGGAUGAGCUUCAUUUAGUUGGAGCCGAAAGCUAUGGGUGAUGUCACACUCACUUCUUUAUACAAUUCAUAUCAUAUAUCACAGCAUCAAAACAUGCAUCCUUAUUGUGAACAGGCUUGCAUCUCCAUAAACAUGACCUUUAUUUGGUCUGGUGGAGGACCUCCCCCUGCUUUUCUCCAUGAUAGUGUUCCCUUGGCUAUAAUAUUCCACAGUAAAUGAGUGAUCCACCCAUACCUCACCUCAAGUAGUCAUGCCUCCUCCCUAUGAACAGUGCCCGGAGCUUAGACUGGCUGGUAUGGUGGUAGAGUGUCCGUCAGGGGACCUAUUCAGUCACUGUUUAUUUUAAUGAACAUUUAGGACCGAAUUGGACUUCAAUCUGAUCUGAAAAGAGAGAAAACAACUUCCCCCCAAGAUAUAAACCAGUGAUCUCUUGAACCACACACUCUACCACUACACCAGUCAGUACAGGCUCCUGCCACUCUUGAUGUCUACAGACGUUAUGGGUCGAUCUAUUAUAGAAUUAUACUAAAAUACAACAGUGAUUGAGAAGUUAACUUGAUGGAUACUAAUGUUUAUUGUCCCAUGCCUAACUGACAAAUCCCUCUCAUCAUGGACACAAAGAAACCAGCGUGGUUCUUUACAACACCACAGUACCAAAUGCAACACUCCACGCUGCCUAAACAUUUAGAUAGAUUUUAAAUGAGCCCCCUCCCACAGACAGUGCUCCUCUUGUGUGUGUGAACAGUCGAAGCAUGAGGUCCAACACCUCUGGAGAGUGCAUCCAAGCCUCAUACUUCUGUGUGUGCUGCAUCUGUCCACAAGGUCAACAUCCACAUUCACCCGUCUCCAUGCCAACCACAGGCCAACCAGCUAAUACCACAGCAACCAAUCAUGCUCGGCUGCCAAGGCCACGGCUGCCGAGCAGGAGGAGGUAGGACUCUUGAGUUAGCUGCUCUUAGUGCUACCCAAAGGGCCAGCAUCGCUACACUCCCCUCCUCCAUCUGAUCAUCCAUGCAACUGACUACAACUUUCUCCAGUGAAACAAAGCUAGGCUCCAAUGUUUACAACCCAAAUGAGACCAACAACGCUGUUAUACGAAUGUCCAGGACUACUAAAACUGAGUACUUUAUACUUAAAAAAUGAACUUUUCGCUAACUUUUGCUGUGACCUGAGGUAAUGUACAUUUUGAAGCGUUGCAUGUGAGUAUUUUGAUUUGCACUGGUACAUAUGCAGAGACAGGACAGUCAUUCCAUGUGAGGAGCGCUUAUGGACCAGUGAAUGCUCCUGUGUCACCGUACAAAGCUGUAAAGGUUCUGUCUGUUUGUACAUGAUUGUGGGCUAAAUAAACCAUUGAACCUGCUUAGGAGACACCUCCAUUCCCUCAGCCUGCUACUGGAUUGUGUCUUAUGUCCUCUCAAGACAAGCUUACCUCCUCUGCAUGGACACAUCUGAGACUUAGGGCGGGUUCCUUUUUUCAAUGUUUAGGUCCACUCCAGUGCACGUCCUGGGAAAGUUUUAGAAGUGAACAGUUUUCUAUACCGUUUGUGAAAUUACGAAAGACUCA